UAAACAGUCCACUGCACGAAUCGUCUCCUCAACCCCUCAGUCUAGAGUAUCCUUCGGGCUAUGGUUUGCUAUUCCAAAGCUCUCCCAGUUUCGGCUUUCAUGGCUUCCUCCUCUGCUUUUCUACCAAUAAUCACUUGGCAAUGUUCUUAUAUCCCUUCAAGGAUCCCUGAUCAUUUGCAUUCUGCGUGUCUAAUAUCGCCGAAUCUUUCAUUUUUGAGACUUGGUUUCAAUGUUUGCAGCGUGGGUCGAUUGCGGAACCGAUGAUUGUUAGAAGUUCUUGUCAAGAAAAUUUUGUUUCUCCUAUUCAAGCAUUUGAUGUUCCAAUUUUGACUUGUUCAGAGGCUAUGGAAAGACUAAGAGAAAACAGAGAACAGCACAAAGUGAAGCAGCAAUACCUUGCAAUGUACUCUAGCGUUUUUGGUGGAAUAACAACAGAUCCAGCCGCAAUGAUCGUACCCAUUGAUGAUCACAUGGUGCAUAGGGGGCAUGGAGUCUUUGAUACUGCUGCAAUAGUGGAUGGUAUUCUAUAUGAAUUGGACCAACACCUUGACCGAAUUCUAAGAGCGGCUUCCAAAGCCAAGAUUAGUCUUCCUUUUGAUCGGGAAAGUAUAAGAAGAAUUCUCAUACAAACAGUGAGUGCUUCCAAGUGUCAGAAGGGAUUGCUAAGAUACUGGCUCUCAGCAGGACCUGGUGAUUUUCAAUUAUCUUCCUCUGGCUGUCAUCAGCCAGCCCUUUAUGCAAUUGUUAUCCAAGAUCAGUCACCACUUGAUUCGAAAGGCAUUAAGGUGGUAACUUCUUCAAUCCCUAUAAAACACCCUCAGUUUGCCACCGUGAAGAGUGUAAAUUACCUUCCAAAUGUGCUUUCAAAGAUGGAAGCUGAAGAGAAAGGUGCAUUUGCAGCCAUUUGGCUGGACAAUGAUGGAUUCAUUGCUGAAGGACCUAGCAUGAAUGUGGCUUUUGUUACCAAAGAGAAAGAGCUUCUGAUGCCGCGCUUCGACAAAAUUCUAAGUGGGUGCACUGCUAAGAGAGUUUUGAAUCUAGCUGAGGGGCUGGUCAUGGAGGGUAAACUUCAUGGAGUAAAGGUGGCUAAUCUGACUAUAGAGGAAGGAAAGAAUGCAGAUGAAAUGAUGCUUAUAGGCAGUGGACUUCUUGUUCGCCCUGUGGUGCAGUGGGAUGAGCAGAUCAUUGGCAAUGGCAAAGAAGGUCCCAUAACUCUGGCUCUCUUGGAUCUUGUACUGGAGGAUAUGAAGUCUGGCCCUCCAACAGUUCGAACUCCAGUUUCCUAAGAAAAUUUCUGGAUAUUGCCAAGUGGGACUGUACCCUUCAAACGUGGAAAACUAUUGUUCAGUUACUUGUUCACCUUUGGAGGCUGCAGACGCGUUCAGUUGAAUGCCAAAAAUUCCUGUAUUCAAUUCACUGCUUUUAGAAGUCACAGUUACCCCUUUGUAAUAAGUUCUUCUGUUCUUUUUAUUUUAUUUUAUUUUUUCCUGUUGUGAUUGAUGAGAGAAGCCUAUGUUUUUUAUUGUAUUGUGAAACUAGCCAUCUACAAUUGGUCUUCAUAUAUUGACUUUCAGGUAAA